AUGCAAAGAGUAUACCAAAAAGAGUAUGAAGGAACUAACGAAGAUGUUGUUCUAGAUAACUCAAUAAUCAGGACAACAUCUAGUGUGUAUAAUCCAGUUGAAUUUUUAGAAUAUCUUGCAUCUCAAGAACAAUAUUUACCAAAUGUUAUAGGUGUUGUUGAUAAUACUGAUCACUAUAACAAUGAUAAUGAAAUGAUAAAUAACCCUCAUCAAAAAUCAUCAAGUGAACCUCCCUUGUCAAAUACUUAUGGUAGCAUAAAUAAGAGACCUCGCUCUUCACCACUUCAUUUAUCACCUUUAGAAGAAGUUCAGAAUCAAAUUUCUCCAGUAUCUCCAUUAUCUAAAUCUACGGAUCAGCAAUCUUUAAUACCAAGUAAAAAACCUAAACCUUACAAAGUAAAAUCAGGAGCAUUUAUAAUGUGUUUAGAAAUCUUUAUAUUAGGUGUAAUAAUACUUGUUUCAUGGAAAAUUACAGAUUUAACAGGUGGAAAUACAGCACUAUUCAACAUCACCACAGGAAUUGGUGCAAUUCCAAUUACCCCAACUAAUAAUCAAAAUCUAACAUAA